AAAAUAAAAACAUGUCCGAGCCCAAGGACGAAAACAGUGCACGUGGGUAUGAUUAUGAGAAUGAAAAUAAUAACACAAAGUCUGGCAAUGGUGUAGAUACAAAAGAUGAAGACUAUGGGUAUUAUUUCUAUCCUGAAAGAGGGGGUACAAAGCCAAAAACUUUUUAUGACCGGCUAUGGUCAACCGAUACUUCAAGGGAUUGGAAGUGUGAAUCAAAUGUUUUGUGGUGUAUAAGAAGAAAUCCAAUGGUAAAACUGUUGAUGAGAGCAAUGAAGAGUCAUGGUUGUGAGAUUAAUCUAAGACGACAUAUUUCUUGUGAAGAUUGUUUAGAAAGAGUUAAUGGUGGUUUUGAUCCUGUAAAGAAUCAGGUUGUUAUAUGUCAGAAUAACACUGGCAAAAGAAGUAUAUGUUGUAAUGUCUUAGCUCAUGAAUUUACUCAUAUGUUUGAUUACUGUAGAGCAAAAGUAGAUUUUAAAAAUAUAGAACAUUUAGCCUGUACAGAGAUACGUGCGGCCAAUUUGAUGCAUUGUUCUUUUGCAGCAGCUUUUGCUUCUGGUGACGCCUCACCAUUUAAUUAUAAACAACAACAUGCUACGUGUGUCAAAGCGAAAGCUCUUCAUUCAAUACUAAUGGUCCGUAAUGUUACACCAGAAGAAGGCAUAGAAGCAGUGAAUAAAGUAUUUGAUAAAUGUUAUAAAGACUUAGAACCUGUUGGUAGAAGAUCUAGAAGAAACUCUCGUGACCCUGACUGUGCGCUAGUUGAAGGAACAUUUUAUGGAUACAUCUGAUAUUAAUCGGCAUUAGACAUUUUAUGAAUUAGGAUAUAAUUAGGAUUAUAUCUUAAAGACAACUUUCAGAAUUAAGAGUGUCACAUUCAACAUUUAAUGAUUUGUCAUUAGCAUAAUUUCAAAAAUUCUAAGUGCCAUUAUAUAAAAGACAAUUUUCCAAAUUAACAGUGCUACAUUUGAUGAUCUGUUAUAAGCUUAAUUCUAAACUCAGAAUUUGGCCUAACACUUAGAUAGAUAAGAUAGGUGUUAUGAUCAAUUCUUGUGAGAAAAAUAAGUUUAAUGUGUGUUUCAUUUUAAGCUAGAUUGAUCAGUUAGAACUAGAAUUUUAUCUGUUUUAAUUGGUAUGCCUAAAAUUAAUCUGACUUGGGUAAUUUGAGAAAGUCUCUAAGAUCAAAGUAGUUUUUAUUUGAUUUGAAUUUGAUACAAAAAUUAAAAGAAAAGUAUGUUUUAUUUCAAUAUCUAAUAUUGAAAUGCAGAACCAUUUGGCUGUAGUAUUAUUGGUGUAACAGUGUGCAUGCUUUUAUGACUAAGAAUAUUUGUAAACAGGUUGCUAGAAGUGAACAAACGUUUUCUGUUAGUCCAUCCAUCUGUCAGUCAGCAUUUCCUCGUAAAUCUGAGGCCAGUUUUGUUAAAAAAAAUUUAUGUGAAGAUUUGAGAUAAAAGGAUGGGCCUUAUCCGUCCAUCUCUUGGAAAAUGUGGACGCAUAUUGCAUGGCAAUUGCUUGUUCAAAUUUUGGCGCAUUAUAGUUAUGCAAGUUAGAGAGGUUGAUAAGAAUUUUGAGACAAACCAGAUUUGGAAAUUGUAGUGUUUUUGAAAGAUCUGUCUUGUAUCAAUUCUUUUGCAUAUCUUUGUCAUGAAUAAUGUUAUGUUUUUUUAGUUGUGUGCAAGUGAUUACAAAUACUUUUUUUAUAUACAACUGGGGGUAGUUUUUUCUUUGAUGUGCAUAGCAGUUAUAUCUCAUAUCAACCUGUCAUGACGUCAUCAUAGGUUGAUAUAUUCGGUUCAUAUCAACCGCUGAUGAGGUCAUGACGUCAUCUCAGGUUGAUAUAUUUGGUUCAUAUCAACUGCUGAUGAUGUUGAUGAUUGAUAUAAUACACAGAAAUAAAUUUUUUUCUUUUGACAAUUAAAAAAAAUGAUGGUACAGUUUGUAGCAUUUAGCACCGAAAUAGACGGCAUACUUAUCGGCAUAUUUAAAUCGGUUAUUCAUGUCUAAGAUAUCUUUCAGAAUUUUCUUUUCAGCGACAUUUCGAUUAUUUCUCCACAUACUCCAAGACUUGAGAAAGUGUUUAUAGCCCAAAAGUUCCUUUGUAAAGCAUUUUUUGGUACAGUCCACUUAAAUCUUUCUCUGAACAUACCGAAAACCUUCACAGUUCACUGUCAGAAUUAUCAGAAACGAUCGCCUUUUGAUCCGAAUUUUCUUCAGCCUUUGACUAUCAACUAGUAGAUCCUCGUCGGAAUUUGCAUUCACAUCUAUUCCACCAUCAAUCUGUUUGCUAAAAAGAAUUGAUUAUUCGUCUGAUAACGUAUUACUAUCCAUUUUGUUUAUGCUUUCAAUUCAUGCUUCGCCCGCAUGUUCUCUGUCCCAUCAACCUCAGGUAGGUUAAUAUCCUAUACAUAAAACCACAAGAUUUGUAGAACAUGCUGGAAUGGUUAUAGUAUGUUUGUUGUGUUUUAUUAUAGAAUCAGUUCAACUCUUACAUCCACUAAAAAAUGACUUUGCACAGCAAUGACUACAAAUUUCUAUCUUGAUUAUUAUACAUGUACUCUAAAACAACAAAUCAGAUCAUCUUUAUGUAUCAAAAAUUGUAUUUCUAUUCAUAAGAAUCCAACAUAAUAAAAUAUGUUACCGAUUUGUAUUUUGAUAUAAGAUUUUUUAUCUCAUUUUUCCAAGUGGUAACUUUAAAAGCAAAUGUAGAAUUUGAGAGAAAUUUUAAUAUGUUCGAUAAGAAGUUGAUAAAAGAUCUUUUGAUUCAUAUUUUAAUAGUAUAAGAAAAAGUGCAUUUUACAGUUCUAGGUGUUCUGAACCUUUGUGUGAGCACACAAAAUUGACCAAAUGUCUUCUUACACUGUUAGCAGUGAAGAGUAAAAUAUUUAUUAAGAGUAUUCAUUUUUUUUUUACUGUAUUCUAUAGAUAGAAAUAUUUUAUUAAUAAAAAGAAAAUAAUGUUUUACAGAAUUAUGUU